AUGGAACGGAUAUGUUAUCUUAUUUUGGACGUCUUAGAACUCGCCACAUCAGCGCUUUCUUCUGACCGUGCAUCCAAACUCGUUCAAGCAUUCGCUGAACGGUUCAAGUAUGGUGUCAUCUCAUCGACAUUGCUAUCUACAGCAUCCCCAUCAAGUCCUACACAACAUAACCACCGCCGCUCGUUGUCGCCACCAGUGCCAGGAAAACUCACCAGCAAUCACAGCAGGACUACAAGUCUAGCGGACAGCACCUGCACCACUGCUACUGACACACUCUCACUAUCAAUACCCGCGGAACACGAGUCGCCGUUAUGGCCCUUCACUCUCUCAUUUACAGUUUCUAUCGCCGCCCUUAGUGCUCGAUUUUAUUCUCUAAGCCUUCUUCUGUUUUCUGGCACGCUGUAUUAUAUGCACAUUCACAGACUAGAUUUGCAGUCUAGGCCUGACGUUAUGACACCUUCGUUGGAAGCUUUGCAAAGCUUGAUAUCCGCUAGUCAAGUUUGGGCAUCAGUGGUCAAUGACGCCUUCAACUUAUUAGACAACGAAGAACAAAGUGCUUUAUACGGGUCUACGUCUCUUAUGGCACCAUCGUCUUCUCUCAGAGUGGCCCUUUCUUCUUCUCUCCUGACGACUCGGACGCAAUGCGACAACGUGCGCCAAUUACUCUCGGCCGUUGCUUGUCCCACCGAAUUGUCUCAACUAACUGAAAUGUAUGCACCACCGUCACCUAUGAAGUGGACGUUCCUGCCGAAUUCAGAGUCGAAUCGGCCGAUGUCACAUCCCGGCUCACCACUACGAAAAGACGUAGUUCUAGAGCCGAGGAGGAAGCGCUCAACGUGGAAUGGAUCUUACUCGGCGCUCGCCUCAGCCGGAAGUCCCCCACCAAUUCAAAUAACUCGACGGCGGGAAAAGCGCAGGUCCGAUCUGAGUGCCUUGCUCUGUUCCACGCCUCCUCUGCGUGGCUCGUUCUCCGCGGGGCCGACUUCUCCUUCGGCGCUUAAGCCUAUCGUUGAUGCCUCGGAAGAUGACUCCAUGAUUGCUGCCAAUGCUUCGUUCACUUCUGAAGGGGACGAAAUAUUUGGUGCAGCUGCUCUGGAUUUCCAACGAAAACGCCAAAGCAGAGGGCUGCGUACUUUUGAAGCUCAGCAACGUAGUGCGCCACCAUCAUUUACCCAGGCAGCACUCUCAUUGCGUCGACGCGCCACAGUAUCCCCAGGUUCCAAGUACACGAGUAUGCAAGCCAUGCGGCAUCCGCUGUCACUUCCUGCGCUCCAUCAGUCACUACAAUCUGCGCUUGCAUCCAAACGUUUUGCCUGCUCCCACUUGCUAGCUCUCCGAUUCGAGGACGAUGACGAGAUGUACUGGGAGGAUGUGCGAUCCGUUAUGGGCCUUCUGACGUCCACAUUGGUUGAUGCAUCCAAGCGACUCUCAGAAGUGCUAGACGAAGUCGAAGAGAGUCACCUGCGACUGGACAAUGACUCGGUUACAGAGGACCCACCAGGCAUUAAUACACCAAGCUCCUUAGGCUCACCUCCACGUCUCUCGUGCAAGCUUCCGGGCCCUUUAUCUCUGAAUACCUCUAUACCGUUCGGCUCGUUCGCUCCACUUCCGUCACACCUCGCACGCUUUGCUGCACACGUUGACACCAUCUCGACCGCUCUCAACGAUGCACGCGAGCAGUUGGAUCAGUGCGUCAGCUCACUAAAUGAGGAUGUCUCGCCAUCCCAUUCGCCACAAUCGUCCACGAGUUCUGUGGGUGAACAUCCCGCUGUACAAGCUUACGAACGACUCCGGCGUGAGCUCGGGCUCGCUUUACGGGAAUGCGAACGUGGCCGUGAACGCCUCAUUGGCAUUCUUACACCAUCGACACCUUCCGCGGAAGAUUCGGGUGCCGACGACGUUGCCGCGGAACCUAAUCCUCACGCAAGUCCGCCACCAAAAGAGGAAAGUGGCGACGUGGCAGAAGGUGACAUCAGCAUGACCCUCCUGACACCUGACGGGGAGACAGCGGAUGUAGACGAUGUGACAGCACAUCUGUUGUUGACAGCAUCCACGGAAUGCCUCUCUCCUGGUAUUGAGCAAGUGUACGAAGCGGACACCAGUGCCGCUGCCACAUUUACACGGGAGCGGUCCAAACUGAGUCGGGAAGAACGAAUCAUACUCGCAAAGGCACGAAGAGAGGCUGCUGCGAAUGAUAGCAACAGUAUAUCAAGGUCAAGACAUGACUCUGACCCGUCUUCCUCUAAGGGAGAACGAUGGGGGCCUGGGGGGGAGGUUGUCCAGGAGCUCAAGGACGUCAUUUGGAAAGUUGGCGAACGUCGGCGGAAGAUGACGGAAAAUCAAAUUCGCACUGUUGUUUCCAACGCGUCCUCAUCUCUCCCCUCGUCACCUCAAUGUGCUAUCGGGCCCGUCAGCAUCCUCCCACAAAAUUCUACGCCAUAA